CAUCACACUGAGUCAACGUAGAAUAUCUUUGACGGACAUUUGUGGUUCUUGUAGAUUAAAUGUAUGCUUUAUCGGAAGUGUUUUGCUAGCAGUAACUGUCACAUGAAGUUGAACUAUACCUCACGCAAAUAUUGUGUUGACCACGUUUGCUAUUGACAGUGAAUGCAGCGUCAAAAUAACGUCGGAUUAGUGCUUUGUACGUGUGACGUCGCAGACGGGCUCUGAUGUAAAAAUACCAUACUUGAAGCUAUCCGAGGCAUUUGGAGCAACAGACACUGUCAACAUCAGCUUCGCAGCAAACUGUGUUCCUCAGAGUGUGUUCCUGGUGGUCUACAGCCAGGAUGUCCUAUAUGAGCGCAGACAGCAGCUGGUCCCAGCCAAGGGACUUUGGCAGCCUCAUCCAGACAUGCAGCUCCAACAUCCAGAAGAUCAGUCAAAACUCUGGUCAGAUCAAAAAUCUCCUCCACCAGCUGGGGACGAGACAGAAAACCUCAGAGCUCCAGGAAAGGCUCCAACAGCUCCAGUACUACACAAACCAGCUGGCUAAAGAAACCAACAGACACCUGAAGGAGCUGGGGUCACUGCCCCCACCACUGUCUCCAUCAGAACAGAGGCAGCAAAAGCUGCAGAAGGAACGUCUGAUGAGUGAUUUCUCCGCAGCCCUCAACAACUUCCAGGUGGUGCAGCGGAGGGCCGCUGAGAAAGAGAAGGAGUCAGUGGCCAGAGCUCGGGCUGGAUCCAGAGUCAUGGGAGAUGGAGGCAGUGUGAAUGAACAGCUGGUUACGUUUGAAAAGGAAGAUGAGUGGGGCCAGACUCAGACGGAGGAGCCCACCAUCACAGAGGAGGACCUGGAUAUCAUCAAGGAGAGAGAGACUAACAUCAAACAGCUGGAGGCCAACAUUAUGGAUGUGAACCAGAUCUUCAAGGACCUGGCUGUGAUGAUCCACGAUCAAGGAGAGAUGAUUGACACCAUUGAGGCCAAUGUGGAGAGUGCUGAGGUUCAUGUAGACAGAGGGGCUGUCCAGCUGCAGAAGGCAGCCUAUUACAAGUUCAUCUCCGGUCAGCUGGCUUCGGACCCCAGUCCUCCUCCCGCGGCGUCCCCCCCUCAUCACCAUCCUGCUCCACUCCUCGCGCCUCCUCAUCACCAUCCUGCUCCACUCCUCACGCCUCCUCAUCACCAUCCUGCUCCACUCCUCGUGCCUACUCAUCACCACCCCUCGUUACUCCUCGUGCCUGGGGCUCCUCAUCGUCCCGCUUUGUUCCUCGAGCCUGUCUCCUCCUCGGCCCUCGCUCCCGGUCCCUCCCGGGUCCGUCUCCUGUGUCCUGUUCCCGGUCUCCCCAGCUCUUAACGUCCACCUUCCCCACUUCCAUAUUCCCUCCUUCCUCAAAUAAAUACCUUUCCCGUGAGCCAUGCUUUUGAGUCCGUCCUUCUGUC